CCGCAGCUGUCACCUUCUGAAUGGCAGCUAACAGCGAGCUAGCAGCAGGCGUCAGGUUCAUGUCAGCGUGAAAAACAGACGAGCUGGGAGUUUUAAACCGGCUUUCUUUGGCUCGUCUGGCUCAGUGUACACGUUGGCCCGUCACCGUAGCUGUCCACUUUAGCUCACCACGUUGUGCUUUUGGUGUUAAACCCGCCUCAUGUGGUCGUCUGAGGUGUCCACCGUGCCCAGCGCAGCCCAGGCGGACAUCACGGUGGGCUUCGACCGGGUUUGACUGCUCCGUGUCGCCGACGUGCUACGAUGUUACCGCCAGCCAACGCUGCGCUCCGGACGGCUGCCAGGCUGCUGCCACGCUCCGACUGGAGGCCCGGUUGUGUCUUGUGCCAGUGCAGGAAUAUUUCUGUGAAACCAGGGGGUCUGAAACCAAAGACGGUUCCACCUCGAUACUUGGGCCAGCCCAGCCCGUUCACCCAUCCACACCUCAUCAAACAUGGUGAGGUAACUCCAGGCUUGAGCCAGACAGAAUAUGAGCUUCGCAGACAAAGGCUAGCCUCCCUCAUAGAAGCCAAGGCCGACCGGCUGGGACCCUCGGCCUCCUCCAGCACCCAUGUGGUCAUCGUUUUGUCCCACCCAACCCGCUACAUGACCAACGACAUCCCGUAUCCCUUCCACCAGCACCAGGAUUUCCUCUACCUCAGUGGCUUCCUAGAGCCUGACAGCGCCUUGGUUCUGUAUGGGAGAGGCCGACCAGACCAGGCCAUCUUGUUCGUGCCCCGCAGAGACCCAGCGAGGGAGCUGUGGGACGGGCCCCGGUCAGGGAAGGAUGGGGCGGCUGCUUUGACUGGCAUAGAGAGAGUUCACAGCACUGAGGAGCUCGGUGUGGUGCUCAAGAGCCUCAAAGGUACAAUAGUGUGGUAUGACAGCUCUAAGCCAGCCCAUCCGCGGCUCCACCAGACCCACGUGUGUCCUGUGCUGGAGGCCGGGCCGAUGGCACACUCCCUCAGGCCCCUCACACAGUCCCUCAGGGCCCUCAAGAGUGCAGCAGAAGUGGCCCUCAUGCAAGAGGCUGGCCGCAUCACAGCACAGGCAUUCAGGAAGACGAUGGCUCUGUGUCAAGGUGAUAUCGAUGAAGCUGUGCUUUAUGCAAAGUUUGAUUUUGAGAAUCGGAUCCAUGGCGCCAACUUCCUGGCUUACCCCCCUGUGGUCGCCGGGGGAAAUCGAGCCAACACACUGCACUACAUAAACAACAACCAGAUGAUCAAGGAUGGUGAAAUGGUGCUGCUUGAUGGUGGUUGUGAAUACUUUGGUUAUGUCAGUGAUGUCACUCGUACCUGGCCAGUGAACGGAAAGUUCAGCCCUGCCCAGGCUGAGUUGUAUGAGGCUGUGCUGGAGGUGCAGCGCUCCUGCCUGUCUCUGUGCUCCCCGGGCGUCAGUCUGGAUCACAUCUACAGCACCAUGCUGGCCCUGCUGGGACGACAGCUCAGGCAGCUGGGCGUUGUCAAGGCCAGUGCCAGUGAUGCUGAUGUACUAAAGGCUGCACGGCGCUACUGCCCCCACCACGUCGGCCACUACCUCGGCAUGGACGUCCACGACACUCCUGAGCUGUCCCGCUCCCAGCCUCUUCAGCCAGGGAUGGUCAUCACCAUAGAGCCAGGACUAUACAUCUGUGAGGAUGAUGAGCAGGUCCCAGAGCGUUUCCGUGGCCUCGGGGUCAGGAUCGAGGACGACGUGGUGAUCCGAGAAAAGGGAAGCCCGCUGAUUCUGUCUUCUGAUGCACCAAAGACCAUCGCCGAUGUGGAACGCGCCUGUGCCCAAAGAUAGGGCAGACAACAGGGGACAAAUCGCUGAGCUGCAGCAUCAGUACUGUGUCUCUCACCCGUCUCCACGGCAAUGGCGUCAUCAGGGUCAAGGCCCAUGUGGGUUAAAGGUGGAAGCACACUUCAAGGCUUUUGGUUUUAGUCUGAAUUAAAACCGAAAGUCACACAAAUUUAGAUAACUGAUUUUCAUCAGAGGUGCUUGUGUCUGCUUACGUUUGUGCACAGAAAUUGGUGCAUGUGGUUCUUCUUGUCCACAUCUGUCUCAAAUAGCACUGAAGAGUAACCUUAGCUCAGAAACGUGUCUGAGGCAGUCAGGUGAACAGGGUGACUCAGUGGUUCAAGAGAGCACCUUCAUAAAUGUCCCAGGUUUGAUCCUGUCAGCUUGUCUUAGAGCAAGAUAAUCAACCUCUACCUGCUCACUGUAACUCUCUCUCUGUAUAGGAGUACCAGCUAUAUUCCUAAAAAUGUGAAACCUAAGAAUAUUUAAAUAAAUAUUACAGUGUGCUUCCACCUUAAUGGUUAUGAACUGAUCUCAGACCUGUUGUUAAGGUCCAGUGACCAUGUACAUGAUGCUAAUUUAAGAAACAAGGUGGUAUCAGAUACUUGAAGCCUAAAGGCAAAGGCCAAAGUGGAAAAUCAGUUUGCUUCCUGCCAAAUGUUUCACCAUUUCCACCAUCAUGCCACAUCACUAUACUGUUGCCUGUUCUUCACAUAUACUUUAAUACCUUCGCGCGCGCGCACACACACACACACACACGCAGUUUCUCUCCCAUGCAUUUUUUCCAAACAGUCUCUUUUAAACACAGUUUAUGUCCUAUUGGUUUUCAAUCUGUCUUUCCUGAAACUGUCCUACAGUGAAAACCCAUCAGAACAGCAGCAUCCACUCAGCCGUACACAGAUCAGACAGACAGAGAGAGGCAGAGCAAACAAACAGGGUGCACGGACAGGACGUCACAUCAGGGGGCCACCACCUUUAUGCACCUCGUUACAGGAAGAAGUCAUUGAUAAAGAGGACUUGGUCCAAACCACAGCUACUCUUGGUAAACCGGGGAAGGAUAAUAAUGACACCCCAUGCACUGGAGUGGUAUGAAAUCACAUUUUGUUUGUGUGCGUGCAUUUGUCUUUAUUCAGUGAGACAAAUGUGAGCCGCAGCAGCAGGUUGAGCCUCUCACAUUGUGCAGAGGUCACCAGUUUGUGUUUUUAGAGAUAAAAAUGACCUCAUCCUACCUUCUAUUAAAAUGAAUAAACUCCAUAGGUUUGUUCAGGUAAUAAGAUAGCACCCUAGAGUAAAUGUAGUGACUUUUUUUUUUUUUUUUUUUUUUUUGACUUAAUAUGAUGAACAACUGGAUCUGAAAAAUGUCUUGUUGAGAGUGACACUUUGUAGUUGGUUGAGUGAUGACUGUGCAUGAGAUUUUGCUGCAAAGACCUUGACUGCAGCACGAGGAACGCACUGAUCAGUGUUUCAUCUCAGGGUUGUGUGGUUACAUAGGUGGAGAGGGGAAUGUGUCCCCCUCGUUUUUCAGAGGAGGAUGAAAUAUCCUCUUGCAUUCUUUCAGUCUCAAACGCACUAUAUUUUAUUCUCUUCAUUCUUGGAGACACAGUUUUUACUGUGCACAGUUUUUACUGUCACACAUCUUGUGAUUGGCUUUUAUCAGAAGCACCAAAAACCCUGUCGUCUUAAAAAUAAUGGAGCCCUCCUACUCAUUUUAAGGCAUUUUGACCACAAAUCACUGCCACUGGGGGAUAUUUCACAAAGCAGGAUUAUGUUCCACACUGAUGCUACUAAUUGGAAUCUGUAAAACAGAACUUUAAUAUUAGGUGUAUGAAUGUGAUUCAGGUAUGCAUGUUGACAACUGCUAAUAAUAUAAUUUAAAUAAUUAUCUUAUGACCUUUUGGGUUAAAUUGCUAACUUGUUAAUGUUACUUUGUGAAAUGCACCCCAGGUUUGCUGUAUCUCACUUUGUCCUGUAUUCUUCCCACUGUCGCGCUCUCAGACCUGCAUACUUUCCUCAUGCAGAUAUAAAUAAACCGAGGGGGUGUCUGCAGGUCCUCGAAAAGGCCCAAAAA